AGUUAAUCUGUGGGUUAGGCUGCAUUUUUGUGCAUUUUUGUGUUCGCAUAUGAGUGGUCUGGAGUUUUGACAAUUAAAUUCAACGGGAUGCCUCGGCGGCGGCCUCGGCGCCUCUCCCUCAGCGAGGACGAGUGUGACGACGACGACGGCAGAGAGCGGCCUCAGCAGCGGAACGCCGCCAACGCCCGGGAGAGAGCGCGCAUGAGAGUGCUGAGCAGAGCCUUCUGUCGGCUGAAGACCACACUGCCCUGGGUGCCUCCGGACACCAAGCUGAGCAAACUGGACACCCUGAGGCUGGCCACCUCCUACAUCGCGCACCUCCGAGCCGUCCUGUGCCUGGAGGACGAGGAUGACGAGGUCAAGAACACUGUACAUCCACUCAACCUGACUUGGCCGUUCAGUUUUCAGCAGCCUGGAACUCCAAGUAAUCCUCCCCUUCGGCCACCCUGGGAGCUGUCGCCUCCGCCCUCACGGCCCAGAGGGGAGGAGCCCCUGGACUACCCCGUCACAUACCCUCAAGGAUAUUCCGACCCUCUUGCGCAGAUGGGGUAGACAUGUUGUUUGUGUAUAUACGGAAAGUGCAAUACUUAGUUUCAUUGUUACCGGUACUGUGUAGCGUAAAAGAAGCUAAUUAGAAUUAUUUUUUCCUACAGUUACCUAACAAUGUACAUGUUCUCUCACUGAUUUGAGAAAGCAAAGUGGCCAAUUCGCUCAUCAGUGAGACAAUGUAACAUUGUCUCACUCUAAUUACUUUGUCUCACUCCAGAUUUGCAACGUGAAGGCACGAAAUAGUGAGCGCGUAAUAUGCAGGCAUCGUCGUAUGCGCGCGAAAUACGUUGGCAGCACUGGCUGUAAAUCAGCUGGUCAGCUGUUGUACUGUUGUAUUUGUCACUUCACAUUAAAUGUUAUAUAACAAGUUCACUUCUGUGUAAAAAUAGGUUAUGUUUCUUCACCAAUUUAUUUGUUUUAUGGUAACUGUAGGAAAAGUAUAAUGUGCAACUCGAGUUCAAAGUACAAUUGCCUCACUCGAGAAACCAUUCCUCACUCGCCUACGGCUCGUGAGUAAGGAUAUCUCUCGAGUGAGUCAAUUGCUCACUUUUCUCACUAGUUGCACAAAUAACUAUUCUUUCAGUUAAUUUGAUUUAAAUUGUGUACCUAUAUAAGACAAAACCCGGUAAUUUUCAUUUUAAUUCCUGAACCGGCUAAACAUACACCCUACAACUUAAUCGUAGGAAUGGGAUGUAUAAUAGUCUACCAAUUUAAAGGUUUCAUUGGUAACAGUGUUCAAUGCGUAGAAAACGUGAACAAUGUAAAUUAAAAUACAGUGUUUUUUAACAACCUCUAAAUAGUUUCCGAUGGAAACUUUUUUAACGACAAAAAAUGUUCAUAUGGUAUAAUUGUUUUCUUUACUUCAUUGCCUAUCAGCUGAAAUGCAUCGUUAAAGUUAUCUGUAAGUUUGGUGUUAUUGAUCAUUCAUCAUGUAAAUAAGUGAUAAUAAUGUUGUUUCACAUGCUCAUACAGACUCCCAAUAACAC